AUGGCGUCGAAUAACUACAAUGCCUACAACUAUCCCUAUCAGCAGAGCGCGGCCCAGCAGUAUCCGGCUUAUCAUACCACACCGGCCCCAAGCAAUGUAGCGCAGUCCUCGCGACCAUACCAGCAGCCAAACUCGACGCAGGGCAGCGAUCACAUGUCUUAUAGUGGCUCGUCAUAUGGUGCGCAAGCGAGUGGUUAUUGCCCUUCUCAAGACAAUACAUGGAGUGGCAACAGCUACGGCAAUACCCGGGAAACAACUCGAGGCGCUGCGGAGGUAUUGCACAAUAUGAGCAACGACAGCUAUGCCCCCAAUAAUACGUCCGCUCCAACGCAAGUUCAAGCGCAGAACCCGCACGGAACGAACAGCGCUUACGGCCACUCGCAAGUACAUCCUCGGAGUGUCAAUGCCAAUCAAACACAAGUGAUGACUAGUCGAGGUUUACCAUCACCUGCUGCGACAGCUGGUUAUCCCUCUCAAAGAGCGCAAAAUGUGUACAAUCAGCAGCAGGAGCAUUCUGCAAGCCCCGCGCAGCAUCAAUACAACGCAACACCGGCUAGCUCUACGAAAUUCUCUGUAUUGCCCGCAGUCUCUAGUCAACCGUACAACGACUACAAUAGUCGCAAGCUCCCUGGUGUUGAGCCAGCUCGUCCAUCACAGCCCGCUUCAAACUCCACACCUUACAACCAUGCAGCCCAGCCUGCCUCAACCUCUACAUCUUACAAUCACACAGGUAGUCAUAUCAGCGGUUCCACGCCCCCUUUACAAGCAACAAACGCCACUGUGGCCGAAACCUACAGUAAUGCUCCACGAGCUACUACGGUUGAUCCCUCUGCUGUGUAUGACCCAUACGCAGAUAUUCAACGCAGAGCAGAGAUUGCGCGCGCUCAAAAGGCACUAGAGGAUGCCGCGCGCGCAGAGGAAGAGAGGAUAGCGGAACAGGCGCGCAAGGAAGAGAGGAUAGCGGAACAGGCGCGCAAGGCAGAACAGCUAAAAGCAGAAGAAGCUCGUAAACGACAAGAAGAGGAAGAGCGAUUACGCCGACCGCAGCCCAAGCCCAAGGCUCAGAAGUCCGCUAAAGAGCAGUCCAGCACUGCUGAAGUAGCAGCAGCAGAGACUCCAAGUGACACACCGGAAGCUCUAGAAGCCGCGAUGCGUGCCAUGAUGGCAAAGAUGAGAGAAUUGAACAGCAAAGACCCGGCCCUGCUUGCACGUAUCUGGGAAGAAGAGCGAAGAGGGAAAGCCCCGAAGUCUCCGACAAUGCAGGAUAAGCCAGCGCCUCAGGUCCCUCCUGCUCUUACUGCACAACCUGUUCCCCUUGUUUCGUCUGUACAGGCAAGCGCCACUCCGAUUGCGAACUCUAGAAAGAAGACAGUUCCAAGGGAGCCUACCGUCCCUCCCGUGGCCAGAACAGCUUCUCCCGCACAACCACCGGUCACUGUCGCAAGACCGCAUGCUCACGCAGCAUCAAAUCGACCCGGAGGCACCACCAUCUGGCCCCCUGAGAAGAGGGCCCAGUUAGCCAAUGCUGCCGUAUCCUUUCUUGCCGCACGAAAUCCAACUUUCAACCUGGAUUCCAACCAAAUCCUCAGCAUGUUGAACAGCAAUCCAUCCUACAUCCAGCUGUGCGAACAACUUGAACAACUGGGUCUGAAGCUUGAUCGAGCUGCAUUCGCGAAGAGUCUUCUUACCGCAGUACCAGAUGUUAAUUCCGGUUCACGCAAGACCACAUCCCAGCCUACACCUGUAUCCGCACAUAGGCCAAUGGUACCGCCAGCCGUGAUGAAGAAAGAGGUUGCUACGCCGGCGACAACGGCAGGAAGUCCCCAGCAUACGCCGGCAGUGGCCUCACCGGCAAACAAUGACUCACAAACACCCCUUCCAGCUGCUCCUGUACCUGUAGCUGAGAUGAUACCUAUCAAGGCCGAAUUGAAGCCUCCAGCAAACAAGGAAGAAGCGGCUAGGAAGCGAAACUUGAGCGACCUGAUAGAUUUGACCCAACUUUCAGACGACGAGGACUUUGGGCCCCCGAUGAAAAGGCAUCAAUCAGAUGUAGCACGUUCCCUUGAGUCACAACAUCCGCAUGUGCAAGACGUCAUGAGGGUCGAUGCAGAGCCAAACAUUACCAAUUUCCCGAUCGCUCAUAUUUCUCGUCCUGUACAGGAGCCCGUAUAUCAGCCAGUGUUACCACCCAAUGAAGAGUUCCGGAAUCAGCCUAUCGUGAAGGUUCUGGACAAGAAAAAGGCCCUUCGUCGCAACAACUACAAUCCUGCGACUAUCGCCCGUGAUGUCUUGCUCGCGUGUGGAAGACACCCAUCCGAACGACAACUGAACCAACAUCUGGACGGCCUGCGGGCAACAUUGGGGAUUGUAUUUGAGUCUGAUCUUAGUACGCUACGUUGGGAUAUACUCGAUCCAGGCACGCCACCACCAGGCUAUUUCAAAGAUAGCGUGGAGGCUUGGACAGGAGAUGCAGAUGACGAAGACGAGUCUGAAGACGAGUCGCGUCCACGCGCAUCGUUACACGCGACUAGCGGUGAAGGUGGGGCUUCCAAGGUCCAAGCGUUACCCGCAGCGACGAAUCCGUUCAAACAGAAGCGACGCGGUCGACCUCCACGACAUUCUUAUCCAGCUAACACGGCGCCUACCACACCUGAUCACGUACCAAGCACCGCAGACAUGAGCUCAAGCGCUACUCAUCCGAGUUCUGCUACUGCUGGUAUAGGAUAUCACGCCUUUCGCUCUGCUACGCAAUAUGGUCCAGAUGGUCAACCACUCCCAAAGAAAAAGGGCCGUCCUAUUGGAUGGAGGAAGGCAAUUCACGGCUCUGCUGCAGCUCGGAUUCGGCCACCGUUGAAUGGCCAUACCGGCCCCUUCAACAGUCACCAGCCUCCACAUUCCAGCAGCCUACGUAACGUCAAGACAGACGCAAACGAGCCUAUCCGCAUCGAUUCCAGAUCUCCCACUGUUGCGAGACGUGUGCCGCAAUUACAAUCGUACAAAUGUCUUUGGAAAAAGUGUGAAGCCGAGCUACACAACUUGGAAACACUGAAGAAACAUGUCUUCAAGGUGCAUCGCAUAGCAACCCCUCAAAACACGUUGGAAUGCUCGUGGGGAGAUUGCGGUAAAGAAGUCGCAAAUCACGAUACAAUGACAAAUAUGAUCAUCGAUGAAAUUACUCCUCAUUCCUUUGACCGAGAGAGCGAGUGGCGGCAACACAUACAAGAGAGCCACUUCGAUCCGCUUUCAUGGGAGCUCGGGGAUGGGCCAGCCAGCGGUCUCUCUGACGCACAUGAUUCUGAUGCGUAUCUCAGCGAUGCUCAAGGCCGUCAAGUAACUCCACGUAUUACAGUCAAACUCGAUGAUAUGCCAGAUUUAUCGUUAGCAUGCGUCCAAUCGCCUGGGCCGCGAGGUAGGGGACGUCCUCCCAAAAUCUCACCGGAGCAGGAAGCUCUCGAUACACACGCGCGGCUUGUCUCACGGAUAAGGCGCAUAGGCGGACCGGGAAUGGAUCGUGGAGGUGCGACACUCGUGAAUGACAAGCGAAGAAGAGGGUUUCUGGAUAACUCUGAUGUUGAAGGGGAACUUGUGGAUGCCGAUGACUAA